GUAUCAACAAAUUUCAAAACUUCUUUGAGAAUGGACUUCAACGAGGAUCUAGAAAAUUGGAUGGGGAAAUUGCCACAGGAAUUGAAGAUGGUCCCGAUCAUAAAUCUCGCAAUUCCGGGCUCACAUGAUACUAUGUCGUAUGGAAUCAAAAACAAAGCACCAAUUGCUCCCGACGCGGAACCGAUUGUGGCAACACUUAACAAAUUUAUACCCUGCAUAGUAAAACGUUGGGCUGUUACUCAGCGGUUGGACAUAAUCGAACAGUUGAAAUGUGGGAUAAGAUACUUCGAUCUAAGAAUUUGUAUGAAAAGGCCCGAGGACAAGUUCUUCUUUGUGCAUGGAUUGUUUUGCGAGGAAAUCACGGACUCACUGGAACAACUGAAGGACUUCCUCCGCACUCAUCCACGAGAAUUUGUUAUACUAGAUUGUCAACAUUUUUAUCUCUUCAAUCCAACAGACCACUGCAUGCUUUCAGCUGAAUUGAAUCGAAUUUUUGAUAAGAAAAUAUACUCUCGUAAUGUUAGCCAAUUGAAAGAUUGCACUCUUGAGUCUGCUACUAGUAGUGGUAAGCAGGUGCUGAUCGUAUACCGUAGUGAUGCGUGUGUAAAUGAUCGAUUUUGGCUUAGUCAGGAUUGGCCGACACCCUGGCCUAAUGAAAUAAAGGUUAAGAAGCUACGACAGUACCUGGACGAGUCGCUGGCACAACGCAAUCCAGAUACCGGUUAUGUUUCGCAAUGCGUCCUUACACCCACUGUUCGGUACAUUGUACCACGGUUUAUUUCUUCGCUGCGAACCACCUGUGCAAAAGAAGUAGACAAAAAGCUUACCGAUUGGAUCAAAAUGCAGACACCAGGAUUAUUUGGUCCCGAUGAAAAACCCAAAUCAAAUGUAUUCUUAGCCGAUUUCAUUGAUAUUAAGGAUAGCAAUUUCUCCAAAAUUGUCAUAGCACUAAAUAAAAAAAUUCUUGAUCAAAGUAAUAGUGCAGAAAGCUCUCCGUCUCAUAAGAGCACUUAAAUCGCCAAAGGAAAAAGUUUAUCGCGGACAAUCAUGGUAAUGUUGAAGUCUUCUUAACGAACAAAUUGUAGUUGUUGCAGGUCAGCACAAUCUGAUGUAGAUAGGAAAAUUUAUUUUCAAUGUUUAGAAUUAGAAUCAAUGUAAAUGUUUUCUGUGAUGAUACUUUAAUGCGUGCGUACUCACUUUUAUUAGGCUAAAUUUCUGGGAGCAGUUCCGUGCAAAAUUGGGUAACCGUUGUCCGGGAUCUUUCCAGUAUCAAUAUUUUUUUUAAAUAAGUAUGAAGUGCUAACCGAAAUCUUAAAUGUUUAAAUACAUAGUUAACUUUUUCUUGUAUUACAAUAUAAAGAAAUUUAAUGCACAAGAUGUUUGAGCUUAUGUCCCAGCAAUUGCAUGAGUUUUUGGCUUUAAAAUUGAAUUCGUUUUUUAAGCAAAAAUAUUUUUUUCGACAUAUUUGACUAAGCUGAUCCUAGAAAAAUUAAGUAUUGGUUAGCUGCUUAGUCUAUCUACAAAACUUUAUUGAAACUCAAAAGGGUCGGGACAACAGAGAUGGUUGUUUUGUACGAAUUUGCUCAUUGUAAACUUCCAAUUACACACACGGCUUAAUUUGCAGCCUAAUAUUUAUAUCAAAAAUAAUACUAAAAUCUAUCAAUGUAUUUAUUCUCAAAAAAGCAACAACAGUAUUCAAGAAUAAUUAAAUAUUAAGGUUAUAUCAAAUAGCAGUCAUCAUUGCGAGAACAAUCAGUUCUUCAACAUUAUACUAUACACUGACACUCAAUUUACAAUUUCAAUUGAUUCUCACUCAGGCCUGAGCUCCCAGGACAAAAAAAUAGCAAAAAUUUAUUUACCAUAGGUUAGGAUAGUUUAGGACUUACAUGUUCAUAUUCGUCACUACAGACCAAGUCAAUUCAUUCGAAAGGGUUCGCCAAAACCAGCUGGAGUCAGAGCGAAAAGACAUCACGCGCCACCGUACCUCCUAGCUCAGCCAAAAGCGAAGCAAAAAGCCAUGUUUGCGCUUCCUCUCAGUUAAUGCCCCAUUUCAUAGCUAGAUUUUAAAAAAAUGGUAUUUUGAAAUCGUAAAAUCGACUUGGAUUAGCAGUCACAGACCACCCUAGUCUCAACUCACGUUCAUGCAACGGUUUGACAUGGACGCUUAUCUUCUCUAAAAUGUGUAAUAGGUAUAAGAUUGAUAUUUAGGAAAUCGACAGAAAAAAGAUGUACCUUUUUUAUAAAAAGAAUAUGGAAUUGGUAUAUUAUAGUCUUAUUUUCUGCAAACACGCUUCAACGUUUUCGGGGAGUCUAUUUUUCUGGGAGCUAGUGGGCAUGGAAUUUUUGAUUAGGCAAUAUCGGUACAAAAAAUAAACUUUUAACAGAUAUUUUAGUGAAGCAAGGUUGACUAACGCUCAAAGAUUAAUUAUAGGUAAAUCUACGGGCUACCGGAUUAAAAAAAUCUAAGCAGAGUACAAGUAUCAUGCGUUGGUGUUAUUUUUCCAAUUACACAUAAUUUACACCUAUUAAAAAGUAUUCAGAAUUCAAUCGCAUCUUACUUACGCAGUCGCUUUAGUUAUAUUGUAGUUGACCAUUCCUUUAUAUGCAUCAUUGACAUCACAUUCUGUAAUAAUGUAUGAAACAAAGCAUGCAAAAUCAAAAGACAACGGAUCUCAAUUUAAUUCAGUCUUUCUUGGGACCGCAGCUUCUAUGUUGCGUCCAAUAAAGUUGCAUCUUUAGUUCAAAAUUGGAAAUUUGGAGACACCAGUUUCACUUUUAAAAAGCAACACAAUAAAAAUUUAUUUAUUUGCAUUUUACCGGACGAAAAUUUUGAUCGCUUUCAAAGAGCUUUAUUAGACUGAUGUUAGCAAAACUUUUAUUACUGCUUGGUUUAAAAUGGUAGGUAAUCUUUUUCAUAGUUGGGAAAUAUUGAAAUAGAUAGCUAUUUAGAUUAAACUUUCUGUAUAUAUAUUCAAUACAGGUACCACUUACUUUCCAAAAACUAUGCAUAAAAUAUUGCCAUCAUAAAAAAACGUUCAAAAACAAAUUAACACGACAUUAUACAGGCACCGUACAAAAACGCAAUUUGUGAUAAAAUUUGAUG